UGGCGAUUCUCAGGCUCCACGCGAAAUGUCGAAUACUUGGUGGAGGCUUUCAAUAGUGCUACUAAUCCUGGGGCUAAUGCCUGGCAUGAGUCAGCAGGCGGCCCUGGCCGAAUCCGAUUACUAUACGGCCGGCGUGGUGGAGUUCCAACAGUCGAUCUUCAGCUUGUCGGCCUGGUCGGACUCCCUCGCGGGCUAUGUGGAGAUCAUCAACUCUGAGAAGGCCAGUCCCACCGACAUCAUUGUGUUCCCCGAGAGCACCCUAAACUCCGCGGGCUCCACAACCUUUGUGCCCAAUCCCGCGGAUCAGAUAAACCCCUGUUUGAGUGACCCCAAUGCCAUCUUAUACGAGGAGUUCCUGGUGACCCUGUCGUGUGCGGCCCGCAAUGCCAGCAAGUACAUUGUGAUCAAUCUCACCGAGAAGCAGAAGUGCGAGGAUGUGCCCGAGGAUACGAGGCCCUGUGCCUCCAACGGACUGAACGUCUUCAACACCAAUGUGGUGUUCGAUCGCCAAGGAGUGGUGGUGUCCAGGUACCGAAAGGUGCAUCUGUACGGCGAGCCCAAGAACAGCACUUUUCUCCCCGAACUGAGCACCUUCGAGACGGACUUUGGGGUCACAUUCGGGCACUUCAUCUGCUUCGACAUCCUGUUCUACACUCCAGCCCAUCAGCUCAUCGUGGAGCAGGGUAUCACGGACUUUGUGUAUCCGACCAUGUGGUUUUCACAACUGCCCUUCCUCACGGCUGUUCAGACGCAACAAGGUUGGGCCUAUGCCAACGACGUGAAUCUCCUGGCGGCUGGAGCCAGUCGUCCCUCCGUUGGAAAUAGUGGAUCGGGCAUUUUUCACGGACGCUCCGGCACCUUGACCAGCGUUAUGCGCCAGGACUCCGGCGAGAGGGCCAUCUAUGUGGCCCAGGUGCCCAAGUACACUCGCACUAGAGCCCAGCAGCAGCGUGUGAGGAGGAGCACGCGGGAGAUCCAGCCCCGCCAGGUGGCCUCAAGCUCGAGUUACCACAUGAAGCGUGAUUACCUGGAGAACUACGAGUCUGAGCUGCUCCAGCUGGACGGGGGCGCCAGUGGAGCUAUCAAUAGAACAAUCUGCCAGGGCAGCUUUUGCUGUAACUUCGACCUAGCCUGGAGAUCCCUGGGCACGGCGUCGGAGAAUGGUAGCUACUACAGCUAUCGAUUGGGUGCCUACGAUGGCUGGCGCAACGAGUACAAUGUGGAUGCCAAUUACAUACGCAACUGCGCGCUGUUCACCUGUACUGGGGACUCCAUCGAUGAUUGUGGCAAGCUACUGCCCACCGAGGGCGAGCUCCAGCAGUCCCGUGUGACCUUCACGCGCCUGGAGAUCGGGGUCAUCUAUCCCGAGUCGCGGGAGUUCCUGCUGUUUCCCGACACCCUGCUGGACAGUCUGCUGCCCCUGGAGCCCAGCCAGUUUGACUGGUCCCAGCGGAAGCCCACGGCAGACAGCUAUGUCCAGGAAGUGCGCUUUGCGCUGAAGGAGUCCCAGGAGCUGAGCAACCUGUUGACCUUUGGCAUCUAUGGAAAUUACUACGACAACGCGUGCACUUUUGGUGUUGGCACCGCGGAGGAGCAGCUGGCCUGCGGCUACAGAAGCGGAUCCGCCGGACUAGGAAUCCUUGGCGGAUGGCUCGCCAUGCCGAUGAUUAUCCUGGCUAUUGCCAGGAUAGGUUAA